ACCAUCAAGUCCAAAUUGAAGCUGGUAACUCAAACUUGUUUAAUUGAAAGGAGCCUAAACUGAAUUCUUCACUAGCUUCACUGCAUAGCAUCCGGGCUCUACUAUCGUCUGUCUUCCCUUCGUGGCUGUCUAGAUUCAACUAAUCAAUUUACCGUUAGUUCACUCGUUUCCUAUUGUUCACGGCGACAUCACAAGCGUGAGAUUGUCCUCUUCACAUCCAGUUGCACACUAAAUCAUCUAGUUCAACGUUUUGGUAGAUCUCAAGGGUGGAGAAUACAAGGCUUGCCUGACGGACUUCGGUUGUUCAAAUGUCCUCUGUGGACAUUUAAAAGACAAAGUGGUUGAAGGAUCAACUGUUCGGCCUGGUGCAGUCAGAUGGAGUGCGCCUGAGUUGCUCAGACCACAUGAUCACCCUUCUGAUCUCAAACCGACCACCCAGAACGACAUGUAUUCCUAUGGUCGUAUCAUGUUUUAUUUGUUGACUCUGGUUAUUCCUUGGCAUGAUAUCGACGUUUACCAAGUCGUUAAGAAAAUCCAGAGCGGAGAGGAUAUCCAGCGUCCUGAGAUAUCCGAUGCGACAUCUCACGUCACGGACGCUCGUUGGAAUCAGAUCGAGCUGUGUUGGUCAGUUGAUCCCGCUGCUCGUCCAUCUGCCUUCAUGGUUAUGGAGUUCGUAAAGAAAGAACUGGAGGCUGUGAAACAAGAUGAUGUCUUUGUUGGGGGUGUGCAGGAAAGUCAUCAAACCGCAUACCUGGUCACGGAGCAGAUAACUGCGUCUGUCCCUCCCAGCCCCAGGGUAAAAUCCCAUAUUAUGCCAACACGGGCAUUUGGUUCUUCCUCGCGAACCCUUGUUCCGUCGUCACCAAGCCAAGCCUCAUUCUCCACUGCCCCAACCCACCAUCUCUUCUCUACGGUCUCAACGUUGUCACUUACAGGUCCUUUGAAUGUGUUGCUUUUCGGGGAGACUGGAGUUGGGAAAAGCUCCAUCAUCAACUUGAUCACGGGGAGAGAUUCUGCACAGACAUCGCCAGAUGGAGCGACCUGCACACUCACGCAUACCUCCUACGAAGUCGAUCUUGGAACCCACGAUUUCAAACUUUGGGAAGUUUCGUCGAUCGAAUCGAUGGGUUUCUUCCGGUCCUUUUUCGAAAAACGGCGCCUGAAAAAGGCAUUCAAGAAGCUGCACAGAGAUGAAGGAGUCUGCCUUUUGUUAUAUUGCAUGAGGGGAUCGAGGGCACAGAGAGCACUGCCAAGCGAUUAUAAACAUUUCACUGACAUCGUCGGCUCCACCGCCGGGCCGGGCCGCGUACCUGUCGCCGCUGUGGUCACCUCCUUGGAAAAUUAUUCCACGAACAUGGACGAUUGGUGGACGAAGAACAGGGAGAAUCUGGAACGCCUCGGGAUGCAGUUUUCCUCACACGCUUGUAUCAUGUCGCUCCCCGAUGAUCCAAAUGCGCCAUCCGCAGUGCGCACACGUCGACAUCGAUCAGAGCAAGCCAUCCGCAAUCUCAUUUAUGACUCUCAUCGAGCG